AUGGGGGCUCGGGUGCGAGGACGCGGAGCGGCAGACGGGCGGCAGCGAGAAGCGCCCCGCUGCCAGGACCCGGGCGCGUGGGGCGCCCGCUGCCAGGACCUUGGCUGGGGUACACCGCUGCCAGGACCCUGCGUGGUGGAGCGCGCUGCUGCCAGGACCCUGCGUGGGGCCCCAACGUCCCUGUCGCCAUCCUUGUUCCGUGCCCGCUCCCGUGCGCACUCUCCGUCCCGGUCCCCGCGGCCCCGUCCCCGGCGCUCCGCCGCCCCGCGCCCGGCCCCCGCCCGCGCCCUCCCCGAGGGCCCCGCCGCCGCCGCCCUGGCGCUCCCCGCGGGCCCCGCCGAGGCCGCCUGCGCCCUGUGCCAGCGCGCGCCCCGAGAGCCGGUGCGCGCCGACUGCGGCCAGAUCGGAAGAGCACAGUGCGUGGUGCGCUUCUGGGCCGCGGAGGACGGGCCCUUCCCGUGCCCUGAGUGCGCCGACGACUGCUGGCAGCGCGCCGUGGAGCCCGGCCGCCCGCCGCUCAGCCGCCGCCUGCUGGCGCUCGAGGAGGCGGCCGCGGCGCCCGCGCGCGACGGCCCGGCCUCCGAGGCGGCGCUGCAGCUCCUGUGCCGCGCCGACGGGGGCCCGCUGUGCGCCGCCUGCCGCAUGGCCGCGGGGCCCGAGCCGCCCGAAUGGGAGCCGCGCUGGAGGAAGGCGCUGCGCGGCAAGGAGAACAAGGGGUCUGUGGAGAUCAUGAGGAAGGAUCUGAAUGAUGCACGGGACCUGCACGGCCAGGCUGAGUCUGCUGCCGCCGUGUGGAAGGGACAUGUGAUGGACCGCAGGAAGAAGGCUCUGACGGACUACAGGAAGCUUCGGGCCUUCUUUGCUGAGGAGGAAGAGCGCUUCCUCCAGGAGGCAGAGAAAGAGGAGGGGUCCCUGGAGGAUGAGGACGCGGACCCGGCGGAGAGGUUCAGGUCCCUGCUGCAGGCCGUGUCGGAGCUGGAGAGGAGGCACCGCAACCUGGGCCUCAGCAUGCUGCUCCAGCCUCGGGAGGUUGGAGGAGACCUGGAUCCCUGUUACUGAGGAAGCGGAAAGGCAGAUAUUUGGGAUGCCACCACGGGAGCUGUCCAUCAGAACUGGUUCUGGAAGACGUGGACAAGGGGGCACCCUGCCUAGAUGUGCACAGCAGACAUGCGGAGAACUCUAGGGAGAGGCUGGGCUGCCUCCAGUGUCCUAGUAGCAGGCCAGCUUCUGAGGGUGUAAGCUGCAGGGGAGGAUGGGGCGGGCUGCAGGGUUAUCACCGGUCCUGAGGACGGGGCUACACUCUGCAGACGAGUGCACUGAUGCCCACCCUCUUCACUGUUGGUGGUUGGUGGUGAAUGUCCCCCAGCUCUGCUCUCCAUGGGAGACUGGAGUCCUGGAACACAAGAACCACCCACAGUGGUUUGAUAGGGUGCUGCACUCUUCUGCCACCAGCAGGCAGGCUGGGGUCACUAGGUGCUUCAAAUGGUUUCCUCAGGUGAGAUGGUUGAUCUUAUAAAAAUGCCUCUUCUUGGGGGCUGGCCCCGUUGCCGAGUGGUUAGGUUCGCGCACUCCGCUGCAGGCAGCCCAGUGUGUCGUUGGUUUGAAUCCUGGGCAUGGACAUGGCACUGCUUGUCAGAC